AUGGCAGCCAAGACAAUCUUUGUUUUAUGCGCACAAGCGCUUUUACUUCAGUCCGUGCUGGGUCAACUGAACUAUGGAGGCUCAUUUGGUGCCAGCAGCCAAUCAGUUGCUGAGAGUUCAGUCGCGGUAAGCAACAGUGCUUCAGGUGUGGGCGUCACUGGAGCUGGUCUGGCCAACGCUGGUGCGGCCGCGACGGCUGCCGGUUGGAACAAUGCUGCCUUACUCGGCUCUGAAGCGACAGCUGCUGGAUGGGCCAACGCUGCCUCAAUCGGUUCUGGAGCGGCCGGUCUCGGGUGGAAUAAUGCCUUAGCUAAUUCUGGAGUUGCCAUCGGUAAUACCGGUUUGAUCGGCAACGCAGUUCUCCCCGCUGUGAACACAGACUACCUGAGUCUCGCAUCACUCUCCACCGGCGGUCUGCUCCCCGUCACCAGUUACUCUCCCAUCGUUCCCUCUGGAAUAUCAGUUUUGUCUGAAAACGUAAUUGAAGGACCAGUAGCUGUAAUUGGUCAGCUGCCGUUCUUGAGCACUGUGUCUUUCGAAGGAUCAGUGCCAUCUGAGGGUGCGUCGACAGCAGGCUGUGGUUGCGGUAGCAAUGGCAAUAUUGGUAUUAUUAGAGAGAAUUAUGCCCCUGCUCCUGCGCCAGCUAUUUCUGGACUCGGCUUGGGUACUGGUCUGGGAGGAGCUAGGAAUUGGUUUUAG